GAUAUUUCAACCGUUUUGUCAUCAAACGCAACAACGCAGCAACGUUUAAAGGUUUGUGUAAAGCAGAAGUCGGAUGAUAAAUUCAAGUUUGGAAAAAUCACCUUGAAGUUUUGUGGAUUUGAUUGAUAUUGCAUAGCCAUUGCCUCGGAGAAAGGCAGGUAAUCCAUCGAUACGAGACGAAAAGCAUCGGCUACGAAACGACAAAGCACGUACUUGGAUGAUCUUGAGUGUGCGGUGUAGUGUUUAUUAUAGUUUUGGAUUACAUUCGGUCGGUCCGGUAUCAUAGUAAGCGUCACAUCACUUCAAGUAUUCGACCUAGAAACGGAAAGAGACACAAAUUUGUUGGGAAGGGUACAUCCGACGAAGCGAAAGGAUUCAAAGAUAUAUAAGGGAGCGCGCCGCAGACGAACACCAAAAUGGAGGGUCAAAAGAUUAAACGUUCAAAGAACAUUAUGGCUCAAUCAACAUAUCAAUCGGUGGUUUUGGCCAAACGUCCUACUGCUCAAAUUGUCCCAGGAGAGACUUUUGAGAAGAAGGAGAAUCCAAUGGUGACGGAGGCAGAUCUUAAGGAUGAUCAAGUGUUGGUUGAAGUGUUAUAUCUUUCAUUGGAUCCAGCCAUGAGAGGUUGGUUAAAUGGUAUGUACAGACUGCCACUGUCUUUCUUUCCCAUUAGCCAUUAAUGGAUGAUACUUGGGGGUAUAUUCUUGAUGUACCCCGCCUCUCACGUGAUCACCGCUGACAUUCACAAUGCUGGAAUAGAUAGAAGAUCAUAUGUCCCACCUGUUCAGAUUGGAGAGGUGAUGCGUGGCGUUUCUAUUGGAAAGGUCAUCGCCAGCAAGUCAUCUAAAUUCAAUGUUGGCGAAUACGUAUCCGGUAUUACAGGAUGGAGAGAAGUAGCCAUCCUGGCUCCCAAAGAUCUCACACCCAUUGAUCUUCCACCUAACGGCAAACUUACCGAUGCACUCGGUGUUCUUGGAAUGACCGGUCUCACCGCUUACUUCGGAAUUCUCGAAGUUGGAAAGGUCAAGGCUGGAGACUUCGUUGUAGUUUCUGGUGCCGCUGGUGCUACUGGAAGUGUCGUUUGUCAAAUUGCUAAGCUUAAGGGAGCCAAGGUUUUAGGUCUUGCGGGAAGUGAUGAUAAAGUUCAAUGGUUGAAGGAAUUGGGUUGUGAUGAUGCUUUGAACUACAAAGACAAGCAAUUCGCUUCCAAGUUUAAGGCUGCUACACCAAACUUUAUCGAUAUAUUCUUUGACAAUGUUGGAGGAGAUAUUUUGGAACUCGCUCUUAGUAGAGCUAAGCCAUUCUCAACUUUUGUUAUGUGCGGUGCCAUCAGUCAAUAUAACUCUGAUGCCCCAGUAGGACCAAAGGUAUGUUGCUCGCUCAAUGUAUGCCUGUUGCACUCACUAACUUAAUCCAGAACUUCUCGAUGAUCAUCUCAAUGCGUAUUCGUCUCCAAGGUUUUAUCGUCUUCGACUAUGCAUCUAAAUAUGCGGAAGCUCGUAAAGAGAUGUCUCAAUGGUUGGCAGAAGGCAAACUUCAAAGAAAGGAAACCAUUAUUAAGGGUGGACUUGGUGUUGCUGAGCAAGCUUUAUUGGAUUUAUAUCAAGGUGUUAAUACUGGUAAGUUUUUCUAUUUUAAUAUUAUUGAACAAUUGUGUUGACAAUCUCUAGGGAAAUUAUUGGUCGAGGUUAAGGAAGAUAGUUCAGUGGGAUCCCGGUUGUAAGAGAUAGAGAAGACAUAUUAAUGAUGAAAUGUAGAUAGAGAUAGUUCUACACUUUUCUUCCAAAGUCAUGAAUUAUUUCGUUGCUGGACACUUGGUCAUUUGAGAGUCCGUCAUGUACCUGGUACAUUUUACACAAAAUUAAACAAGUCGCUUUCUUUCAUGUCCUUUCCUAUGCA